UUUUGAAGAUUGCAAUUCCGAUUCUCUCUCUUAUAUAUAUUGGAAAGACGGUAACAAACGAACCACCCCAGAAACAUCAUAAAAAAAGCCAUAGAACCCCAUGUGUGAGGCAUUGAAGAAAAACUACCAGCUGUAUGAGGAAAUUGGCCGUGGCAAAUUCGGCACAGUAUCGCGAUGCUUUCACCCGAUCUCCGGUGACUUCUUCGCCUGCAAAAUCAUUGACAAAAGAUCUCUCGCCGAUGCCACCGACCGUGAAUGCCUCGAGAACGAGCCCAAGAUCAUGACCCUUCUCACUCCCCACCCCAACAUCGUCAAACUCUUCGACAUCUUCGAGAACGACGACUUUCUCUGCAUGGUAAUGGAGCUCUGCGAACCCUUUACUCUGUACGACAUGAUAAUCGAAAGAACUCUUUCUGAGAACCAAGCUGCUUUGCUUAUGAAGCAGCUUCUCGAGGCUUUAUCUCAGUGUCACAAACUAGGGAUUGUGCAUAGAGAUAUCAAGCCAGAGAACUUAUUGUUCGAUGGAAGGAACAAUCUGAAAAUGGCGGAUUUUGGGUCGGCUGUGUGGUUACCGGAGGGGAGGAGCGUGAGAGGGGUUGUGGGAACGCCGUAUUAUGUGGCGCCGGAGGUGUUGAUGGGGCGGGAGUACAAUGAGAAGGUAGAUGUUUGGAGUGCUGGAGUCAUUUUGUACAUAAUGUUGGCGGGGGUUCCGCCGUUUUAUGGCGAGUCGGCGGCUGAGAUUUUUGAGGCGGUUUUAAGGGCGAACUUGAGAUUUCCAACGAGGAUCUUCCGGACAGUAUCGCCGGCAGCAAAGGACUUGGUGAGGAAGAUGGUUUGUAGGGAUCUGUCAAGAAGGUUAUCUGCAGAGCAAGCCUUGAGGCACCCAUGGAUCCUAAACGAAGGAACAGCUAUGCAGUAGAGUGUGAAGCUACUACAGAAUAAUCAACAAAGCAAGCGUCUUAGCAAGCAAACGCAGUUUCAUUUCUGUACAUAUUUCCCUGCCGCAUAAUAAUUCUCCCAUUACAUGUGGUUCCAGAAAUCCGGCUUUUUUGCUCAACAGUCAUUUGAAAAGAGAGCAAUGAAGCACAGAGAGUGUGUCCGCCUGGGGCUCUUCAGAUUCAAACUGAGAAAGUAGAUACAUAUGGUUUGGAGAAUCCCAGUCUUUCCCCGCCUUGUCUUUUUGUAAUUUUUCAUCGAGAAAAAGAUAAGGAAGUGAGAAAGCAUAUGAUCAUCUGGGAAUGGAUGUUUAUGGGAACAUAAACGUGUUUUUGAGUAUGGAAUCUAUAUAUGUUUAUCGUUUUCCUCUCUUUUUUUCUUCUUUUUGGUGGAAUAAAUGUGCUAUUCUUGAUGGAGAUAUGUAGAAUAUGCUUUGAUAUAUUCCA